AUGUCGACAUCCCCUGCGCCGUCGUCCCAGACGCCGGACCGCUACCAAGAGCCUCACCCUCCAUCUCCAACCGCCGGCCAACUCGACCAAGUCAAACAAGCCAUCAUAUCGCUUCUUGAUCAACCGGGCUAUGACGACGGCAGCGCGGGUCCCGUCCUGGUGCGCCUCGCGUGGCACAGCGCCGGCACAUACUGCGCGCAAACCAACACCGGCGGUUCCAAUGGGGCCGGCAUGCGCUACGAGAAGGAAGGAGGCGACCCGGCCAACGCGGGACUGCAGCACGCGCGGGCCUUUCUGGAGCCCGUGAAGCGGCAGUUCCCCUGGAUCACGUACGCCGACCUGUGGACGCUGGCCGCCGUGGUGGCCAUCCGCGCCAUGGGCGGGCCCGAGAUUUCCUGGAUGGGCGGACGCACCGACUUCACCGACGACUCCAGAGUGCCGCCGCGCGGCCGCCUGCCCGACGGGGCCAAGGGGGCCGACCACCUGCGCUUCAUCUUCUACCGCAUGGGCUUCUCCGACCGCGAGAUCGUCUGUUUGAGCGGCGCGCACAACCUGGGCCGCUGCCACGCCGACCGCUCGGGCUUCGAGGGCAAAUGGGUCAACAACCCGACCCGCUUCAGCAACACGUACUUCAAGCUGCUCCGCCUGCACGACUGGAAGAAGAAAACCCUGCAGAACGGCAUGGUGCAGUAUGUCUACGUGGAUGAGGACGCCGCCGCCGCCGCCGAGGAUGAAGAUGAAGAAGAACCGGAGGAGCUGAUGAUGUUGCCUUCGGACAUGGCCCUGCUCGAGGACGCCCGCUUCCGCAUCUGGGUCGACCGCUACGCGCGCGACAGGGACCUCUUCUUCGCCGACUUCGCCGCCGUCUUUGCAAAGCUGCUCGAGCUGGGCAUCCGCCGCGACGGCGAGUCCGGCGCCGUGCUCAACGACGAGAACCUCCAGGCCGGAUACCGCAGCGCCCCGAAGAAGAGCGAUUCCCCGACCGCAGCAACCGAGCAGGCCAGCACGGGACAAACGUGUGCACAUACACAGGCCAAGUUAUCGAGCAGCAGGACAAAUGGAUCGGCUAGGACGUCAAAGUUAUAA